AAAACACAUGAAAUUCUCACUGUCACUCUGCCUUCUCCCUGCAAAUCUGAAAAAAAGAAAAAGUUUCCUUAACACAACCAAGAAUGUUUCGCUUCGUAGUUUAUGAUUAAAGGGCACUAUAGGUAUUUUACCUUCCAUCAGUUUCUCUUUAGCUGCCUGCCUGCUCCUGCAGACUUUUCCAAAACCCAUUUCACACGAGGUUGGACAUGAAGAAAGAUAAGUUUGUGAGCUUCUACUCCAACGGAAAACAGCAAAAACCCAUUUUAUGGGGUGGAGAAGCUGAAUCUUCAAGUUUAGAGAAAUCAUCUUCUGAGUAUCGGUUUUCAUCAUCCUGGUUGAACCCCGGCAGAAAACAUAAAAUCACAGAAACCCUUAAGUUUGGGAGGCCUAAGGUGUACCCUGAGAACCAUGAGCCAUGGAGAAAGCGAAUACUUGAUCCGGGUAGUGACAUUGUGCUGAAGUGGAAUUGGGUUUUCAUUAUAUCCUGCUUGUUGGCAUUGUUUGUCGACCCAUUGUAUUUUUUUAUGCCUAUUAUUGGAGGAACUAAGGAUCUAAGUUGUGUGAGAACUGACUUGAAUUUGCGAAUUGUGGUCACAAUUUUCCGCACUAUUGCUGAUUUUUUCUAUCUGUUGCAUGUGAUCAUUAAGUUUAGAACUGCUUAUGUUGCCCCCAAUACUCGGGUAUUUGGUAGAGGUGAGCUUGUCAUGGAUCCUAAGGAGAUUGCUCGGAGAUAUCUAAGAUCUGAUUUCUUCAUUGAUCUGAUUGCAACCUUACCUCUCCCACAGAUUGUCAUCUGGUUCAUUAUACCAGCAACAAGAAGUCAACAUGCAUACCAUAAUAAUAAUGCCCUUGCACUGAUUGUCCUGAUUCAGUAUAUUCCCAGGUUAUAUCUUAUUUUCCCACUAAGUUCACAGAUCAUUAAAGCAACUGGAGUUGUCACAAAGACUGCUUGGGCAGGGGCUGCAUAUAAUCUACUUCUCUAUAUGUUGGCUAGCCAUGUCUUAGGGGCAGCAUGGUAUUUGUUGUCAGUUGAUCGAUAUACAUCUUGCUGGAAAUCAAUUUGCAGAGAUGAAGAGAAUUCCACAAAAUGUGUAUCUCGGUACUUGGAUUGUGAUACUUUUGACCUUGAUGCUCGCAAGACCUGGGCAAAUAUUACUAGUGUGUUCAAAAAUUGUGAUCCCAAUGGAGAUAGCACUACUUUCAAAUAUGGCAUAUUUGAAAAUGCUGUUACAAAAGAUGUUGUCUCCUCAAGUUUUCUUGAAAAAUACUUCUAUUGCUUGUGGUGGGGAUUACAGAACCUGAGUUCUUAUGGGCAGAAUUUGUCAACAACCACAUUUAUUGGAGAGACAUCCUUUGCCAUACUUAUUGCCAUUUUGGGCCUCGUUUUAUUCGCACAUCUUAUUGGGAAUAUGCAGACAUACCUGCAAUCUAUGACAGUGAGGCUCGAGGAAUGGAGACUUAAGCGAAGAGACACUGAAGAGUGGAUGCAACAUCGACAACUCCCAGAAGACUUGAGAAGGCGUGUUCGACGUUUUGUUCAAUGUAAAUGGGUUGCAACUCGGGGAGUAGAUGAAGAAGCAAUUUUGCAUGGCCUACCUGCUGAUCUUCGUCGUGACAUUCAACGACAUCUAUGCCUGGACCUUGUUCGACGUGUACCAUUUUUCUCUCAGAUGGAUGAUCAGUUACUUGAUGCUAUAUGUGAACGUAUAGUCUCGUGCUUGAGCACAGAGGGUACUUACAUUGUGCGGGAGGGUGAUCCUGUGACAGAGAUGCUAUUCAUCAUUAGAGGGAGGCUUGAGAGUUGUACGACAAAUGGAGGGCGGACGGGUUUCUUCAAUGCCAUUAUGUUGAGACCUGGAGAUUUUUGCGGAGAGGAGCUCCUUGCUUGGGCUUUGCACCCAAAAUCUACUGUCAACUUGCCUACCUCAACUAGGACAGUGAGAGCACUGGUUGAAGUGGAAGCCUUUGCAUUGAGAGCUGAAGAUCUCAAGUUUGUUGCUAACCAGUUUAGGCGACUCCACAGCAAGAAGCUGCAGCAUACAUUCCGGUUCUACUCUCACCAUUGGAGAACAUGGGCAGCAUGCUUCAUACAGGCCGCUUGGCGACGACACAAGCGAAGAAUCAUGGCAAAAGAUCUUGCUAGGAUGGAAUCCUUUGCUUUAAAUGAAAAUGAAGCAAGAGAAGAGAGUGAGCGAGGCGAGGAUACUAGUACUUCGCCCACCUCAAACCAGUCCCUCACAAAGACAAACCUUGGUGUCACGAUAUUGGCUUCAAGAUUUGCUGCAAACACUAGGAGAGGAGCUCAGAAGAUUAAAGAUGUCAGUUUGCCUAAACUACAAAAACCUGAAGAGCCUGACUUUUCAGCAGAGGCGGAUGACUAGCAACUGUACGUUGUUUCAGUAGAAAAGGCUAACUUUUAUGUGAUGCAAUUGAGAUCCCAAUUUCAUAGUUUUGUAUUAACAAGUUGUGUAAAUUAAAUGAGAAACAAGAAAGUGGGAAAUGGAGAUUUUUCUGCAAACUGAAACACCAUGAUGAUCAUACUUCCUUCUAUAAUGUUAAUGUUGAAGAGACAAAGUUCUGAUUGCUCCA